AUGUCAUCGUACAGCGAUGAUGAAAUGCUUUGCAAUAAUAUAACAAUAAGGACAAAAGUCGUAAAUAAAAGGAGACGUUGUAGUAGUAUAAAUAUAACAUUUGAAGAAAUUGAUGCCGACCAAAGUUUAAAAAUAAUUGAAACUUCUUCUGAGCCCAAUCUCGUAUCAAGAGCCGCUUUAAAUAAUUCCAUAUCCAGCUUUGAAAGUGAUAGUUUAGAUAAAAUGGUUGCCGAUCUUGAAUUACGUUACAAUAUUAAUACACAAGAUGUCAACAACAGGCAAGAUGAUAAAAUUGAUAUUCAAUUUGAGAAUUAUAAGCCACGGAAAAUUAUGUUCGAACAUGAGAAAAUUGAAAAAGACGACACAGAUUCUGUAAAACAUAUUUCCCCUAAUUUAUCUAAUCAAUGUUCUAUUUUGAAAACGUCCAAUAAAUUGAUAAACAAUCAUAUUAAGGUACAUAAAUGUCCAGCUAAAUAUAACUUAUUUGAACAUAUAAGAAGUCCUGUAGCUAUGUAUAUCAAACAGAGUCCACAAGUUCCAUUAUUACAAAACGUAAAACCUGAAAAGUCUUUAGAGGGAACUAAUUUAACUACCGAUUUCGGGAAUUGUUUGAAGACGAAAUACAACUUGAAUUAUAAACCUUUGCCAACAGUAGCAUAUAAGAGUGCAAAGAACACUAAAGUGCUUGAAAUCCCUGACGAAAAGAAGUUACCUCGAUGUCAAUGGGCAGAUAAGCUAACCUCAUCUCUUCCUAGAGCUGUUGUGAUAAGACAUGUCCAAAGAAGGAAUAUUACUUUAACGAAAAAAGAAGAAUCGCUUGCUGAUAACAGUUUUGCUGAUCUAACUCUGCACCAAGCGAAAUUGUCUAUUUGUACAUUGGAGAGUGCUUAUAAAAAAAACAAUGUAUAA